CGCUUCGAUCACGCAGAGGCAACCUUCAUUCCUAAAAAAGAGGCGAACAUUCCUUCGAUCGGGCAAACGCUGCCUUCCUCCGAUCCCUAAUUGCCUGGAUCGCUGGACGCGCACAUCCUCGUGCAUCUGCCGCCGGAGCCAGACGCCAGUUCAAUGGCUUCACGUUCGAGCGCCAAUUGUCUGAUGAUCGAUGCCGAUCCAAUCUCUUCAGGUGCUCCGUAUUGCAGUUACAUAUUCCCCACACAGAUACUUCGCGUCCUGGUCUUCUGCACUUUUUUCACCGAAGGCUCAAGGAAAAGUGACGAUACAAAAGAUGAUGCUAGAGGCAACAAAGCCGAGGCUCAAGGAAAAGUACGUCGCAUGCGUGCAAGUCACCAUUGAAGCCGAGUUCCAAGGAGCAGAUCUGGCGGGCCACAAAGUUGUGUCUAUCUUGCGUAUCCAAGAUACUUAUUUGUACCUACAACGCGCCGAAGAUCAAGUUGUAGCAGCUAAAACCUCCCCUCUAAGGAGGCCUCUUUCAAAGCGCUGGUGGUAGUUGAC